CAAAUCCGCAGUUUUUAGUGACACUGUCGUAUGAAGGCCGUGUGUAGCCUUGCUGUUGAGUUACUAAAGUCCAGAGGAGCUCACAGUUCAGCCGCGGCUCGUCGACACGGAGCAGAAAUGUGUAAAGAGCUCAAAACCAAAGUGCUGCGUUUGGUGCUGUCGGCCUCAAAUGGACCGUCUCUGAGCGAAGAAGACCACACAGAUGCUGCUGAAAUCCUGAGUUGCACCGUGAAGGCUCUGAAGGAGGGCCAUGUUGUCGCCGUGCCCACGGACACCAUCUACGGUCUGGCAUGUCUGGCCCAGAACUCUGACGCCAUCAGAAAGACGUACAACAUCAAAGGACGAAAUGGGCAUAAACCGCUGGCCAUCUGUGUGGGAGAAAUUCAGGAUAUCUAUAAGUAUUGUAAGGUGAUGGUGAAGACGGAGCUGCUGUGUGACCUGCUGCCUGGUCCCGUCACUCUGGUGUUUGAAAGGUCUGAAGUACUGAACACAGAUUUCAACCCCUUUACUUCACUUGUAGGCGUCCGUAUCCCAGAUCAUGCCUUCAUGAGGCGUCUCUGCCAGAUGUGCGGGGAACCUCUUGCACUUACCAGCGCCAACAUCAGCUCGCACGGCAGCACUGUGGCUGUAAAUGAGUUUCAAGAGCUUUGGCCCAAAGUAUCAGUGGUAGUGGAUGGCGGACCUAUAGGAGACCAGAGCCGCCUCGGGUCAACAGUGGUCGACCUAUCAGUACAUGGCAAAUAUCGCAUCAUCAGACCUGGCUGUGCCCUUUCGUCUACGGUUGAUGUGCUGCAACACAAAUAUGGACUGUCAGAGGACUCGGGGAAAGAAUGACCUUCGAACUUGCCACACUCCGUAACACGCUGAGACGCACAACCAGCUUUGACCCGGGGCUCCUCCUUUUCCAGUGGAAAAAAUUGUUUUCCAUGAAAUGCUGAAUAGUCAAGAUGGUUUUAUCUUGAACUCAGGAAUGACUUGACUCUUACCGCUCAUGGCUGCGGUGAGGUCUUGAACCCUUUUUAUUUAUUUUUUUUCCCGGAUAUUUUCUGCCUUACUGUAAUUGUUAUCAUGGGUUUUUUGUGGGAUUUCUUACGAGGCCACAUCUUAUUUUUAUUCUGUAACAUGGAACAAGGUCAGCAGGUUUUUAUUUUUCUUUUCGCAUAAAAAUAAAACUACAUACUUUUCUUCGUUGUCAUACCAAUGUGGCUUAACUGGGAAUUCAAUGGUUUGACUUUUUCAUUUGAACUCAUUUCUAUAACGGUCAUGAUGUCCAACAGAAGUGAAUAUGUAGUUUAAUCUUCAUAACCAAUAGUUUUAUGAAUUGCAUUACUGUAACUAUACCUGCACAUUUUUAUGGGAUUGGAAAAUAACUUUUAAUGAAAAAUGAUGAAUCCCCUUUAUUUAUCUAAUUAGUCUAUUAGUCACACAGCAUGCGGCUUAUACUUUAGUUGGACAUCAGCUACAUGUAAUUCAUGUUAUUGUUUAGCAUUGUAGCUUAAACAUUUACAAGUUGAGAAAUACUUUGAUACUUCAGUUUUGUUGGUUUGCACAGUGGGCCAAGUAGAUGUACUGAAUAAAUGUCAUCUGCCCACUUGCAUGUUAAAUACUG